AUGUGGAGAAACAUUAUCGCCCAGGCAUCAUAUCAGGUUGGCAUUUUAGUAAGCAUUCAAUGCAACGGAGCAGCUAUCCUGGGCACCAAUCUGGAGGUGGCUAAAUCCUUGGUGUUCAACAGUUAUGUUCUCUGUCAAGUUUUCAAUCUAUUCAAUUGCAGAAAGCUGGAGAAGAAGAACGUGUUCAAAGGCAUCCAUCGGAACUGCUGGUUUUGUGUUGCUGUGGGAGCUAUUUUGGUGUUUCAGGCCGUGUUUAUUGAGAUUGAACACAUCGUUGGUGGCAGUGAGAGGUUGAAUGGCGGGCAGUGGGGCAUAUGCUUUCUCAUUGGGAUGGCUUCAUGGGUCAUAGAUUGGGCUACCAAGUGGGCAUCAGGUUUCAUCACAGACUAG